GAAGCUGCAGUACUUUAACCUCCUCCAUCACUUAUGUUUACUUGCUUUGCAAGCACUGCCGGCAAGACUCUACGGAGUGUGUCAGAUCUGAUCUGACUUUAGGACUUUAACCCAGAACGGGGCUUUAUCUUUCUGUCACGGUUUAUUAUCGGUCCUUUUCUCUUUCCCCGCGAAGCCAGGUAGCUUCUGCAAGGGCACUCUGUCCUGUUCCUUCAUCUAUUGACAGCUGUUAGCUAACCUUUAGGAUGACAUUAAAAUCCAAUAAAAACGAACCCGCUGCUGUAUUUGAGCGUGUGAACAGCGUUCGGACAGCCCUCUCCGAUCUGUACCUCGAGCAGCUGCUACAAAACAAGCCCAAGCCAGAGAAGGCGGUAAUGCAGACAGAGAAGGCCACAGGUAAAGAAGUCUAUACAAAUGGGAGUGCUGAUUCCAGUCUCAUGAAUGGCAAAGAAAUUAACAAGAUGCGUCUGGUACAGUUUGAGAAAAACCCUGCACAGCCUCUGGGGGUCACUCUGAAAUUAAAUGAGAAGCAACGAUGCACAGUGGCUAGAAUACUUCAUGGUGGAAUGAUACAUAGACAAGGUUCACUCCAUGAGGGGGAUGAGAUUGCCGAGAUAAAUGGGAAGAGUGUAGCCUACCAGUCAGUGGAUCAACUGCAAAAGAUGCUGAAAGACACAAAUGGAAUUGUUACCUUAAAGAUUAUCCCAAACCAGCAAAGUCGUUCUCUCGCAUUUGAGAUGUAUGUGAGAGCUCAGUUUGACUAUGAUCCAGCGAAGGAUGACCUCAUUCCAUGCAAGGAGGCUGGCCUAAAAUUCAAAAGGGGUGACAUCAUUCAGAUCAUCAAUAAACAGGAUCCAAACUGGUGGCAGGGCAGGGUGGAGAGCUCAGAUGUUGAUUUUGCUGGUCUGAUUCCCUCACUUGAUCUACAGGAAUGGCGAGUGGCAAGCAGAAGCACAUCUGGUGCAGAGGGGAACCAGUCUUGCAGCCCCUUUGGCAAGAAAAAGAAAUGCAAAGACAAGUACCUGGCCAAGCACAGCUCAGUUUUUGACCAACUAGAUGUCAUUUCCUAUGAGGAGGUUGUGAAGCUCCCUGCAUUCAACAGAAAAACACUGGUUCUGAUAGGUGCUCCUGGAGUAGGACGAAGCCAUAUCAAAAGCACUUUACUUACUAAAAACCCUGAAAAAUUUGCCUACCCCCCACCUCAUACUACAAGACCACAGAAGAAAGAUGAAGAAAAUGGAAAAGACUAUUAUUUUAUUUCAAAUGAGGUGAUGACAAAAUGUAUCACCAACAAUGAACUUCUGGAGUAUGGUAGCUUCCAGGGCCACAUGUUUGGCACCAAAUUUGAAACCAUCAACAAAAUCCAUGAGCAGGGCAAAAUCGCAGUCCUGGACAUCGAGCCUCAGACUUUGAAACUCCUUCGAACAGCAGAUUUUGCACCUCUUGUAGUGUUUAUUGCUCCAACUACUGCUGCCAGCCAGUCAGAGUCUCUGCAGCAGAUCCAGAAGGAAUCAGAUGCCAUCUUCAGCACAUACGGACACUAUUUUGAUGUGACACUGGUGAACAAUGAUGUAGACGAGAGUGUCAAGGGUGUGGAGGCAGCCAUAGAGCGUGCUAGUUCCACUCCCCAGUGGGUGCCAGUGUCCUGGGUUUACUGACUGCACACCCCUGUCUACAAAAUACCCCCAACCCCAGUAACUCCUACAGUAAAUCAGACCUCUGGAGGUACAGAAUCCCUUUUCUUAAGAUCCUUACUGACUCCCAUCACUUUUUAAAAUGUUAUACCCACUUGAUUCAGAAUUUAUUUUUUGUCUUGGUUACCAUUAACAAACCUGCAACCUCACAUGGGAGAAUGAAAUUGUGUAGGCCUACUUCUUUGAAGCACCCACCUUUAAGCCAUUAAUCUUUUGGCACAGGCUCUAUAGCCCGUAUCUGAAAGUUCAGCACCAAUUGAAGGAGAGACGCGUCCCUCUUGGGUGGCCACAGGGGUCACCACUUAGUCACUGAGAACCAACCCCAUCCCCAACAGCACUAGCCCGUUUUGCUCUGGUGCUUGAGGGAAGCCGUGGGCAAUGAACUAGCGAAGUGGUUUGCGGUUGAACCUGCUGUUGUUGUCCUGCACCUUUGCUGUCAAGUCACAAAGGAAACCAACUCAUUUUUUCUAAGCAAGUGACCAAUUUAUAGUCACUGUUCUGAUCUAAAAUGUUUGUGUUCUUGGAGAACAUUUGCAUUCACACAUAAAAAUUACAGUAGUGUUAACGGUUUCUUACUUUCAUUAACAUACAUGCCACCUUACAUAAGAAUGGACAUUAGGAGUUCAUAAAAAAAAGCCAGUCAAUGUUUCUGGAUUUUAAACAUAUUUCUUGAUAGUGCAGUGAAGAGUAAAAGUAGCCCUGAAAGUUGUAGUGUAGAAAUGUUUGUGUAGUAUUGCUGCAAGGCAAAACAUAGGUGUCCCUUCCCACCCCUUCGUUCUGGCCAAAGUGUAGGAUUCUUAAGAUGGAUUCUUGGAUUUUAGCAAAAAUAGUGCCAUUGAUUUUAUCGCCAAGUGUGGUUUUAUCUUUUAGGGUCUAGCCAACAAAUCAUUUUAACAAGAUGAUGCAUCAGUUAUCAGUAACUCAACCUACUCGAGGUUAUCAGUGAACAGUCUUCCUUAGUUCAUAAUUUGUAAUGAACUUCCCCAUUAAAUAAGUACCUGCCCGCUAUCACCAUCGCAGGUUUAAUAUUGAAAAAUGUGCACUAUAGUUUGAAAUAUUAACCAGUGAUGCUUGAUUUAAGAUGGAGCAAUUGAUCUCCUAGUAAAUUACCUUCCUAAAGCCUAUGCUCAGGGAAGAUUUAAGAGUGAAAUUUUGUACAUCGAAGUAAACGUUUUAAGGGUAGAAAAUGGGAAACUGUACCUUUCAGCUAGCCAUUUCAUAAUUAAGGCAACAGCUGUUCACUAUUCAGAACAAAAACAUGGUUAUAUGCAUUGUGUGCCUGUUUACAUGCAUGCACAUUGAAAGGCAUUGCAAUUAUACUACCAAUAUACAAAACCAGAGAAUAUAACAUGCAAGUUUAGAUAUUCAGACCAAUAACUUGGAAUGCAAAAUGCCCAUAAUCAAAAUUCAGUUUUACUUGCAAGCUGUGGUUUCCCUGUUAUGACAGUUCAAAUUAAACUUAAGGCAAAAUGCAGAUAUUCAUACCUACACCAAAACAUAUGAAACACAUGGCAUACCCAGCUGUCUGCAUGUGGAACUUCACACUUCUUUCAGUAUUAAAGUCAAAAUGCUUUUCCCCAAAAGUGUUACCAUUUCUUGGGUACCAGAUAUUAAAAUAGUGCAAUAUGAACUUUCAUUUAGCUCUACUCUUAAGGCAUCUGCAGUAGACUUAUUUGGAUACCGACAAAUAUCCCAUUGCACUUAGGUUUGUUUAUGGGUGGAGGGGAAGGGUUAAAGUGUGGGGUUAUUUAUGCCAUUAUGCACAUGUAACUUUUGCAUUUAAAUAAAAUAUUUUGAGGCCACUUUCAA